AAUAACCAACGUCUCGGGCGAACUCCUGUCUUCAGUGUUUGCUUGCGCGUAGCAUACAACACGGUGACGUGCGGAGGGAGAACUUAAUUCAGUUCUGAACAAGGGAAGAACCAUCUACCCUCUUCAUUUUUACCUCCUCCUACCGACCGUUUCCUUCACCCGCCCCACGCUUUUUCGAAGUUCGUCGCCGUAUCUGUCAGCAGACCCGCAUUUGAUCUGAUAGUGGUGGGCUGGCUGUCCUGGUCUCGUGGAAGUGGCUCCAGCAUCAACGGCAGCAGCUGUUCGUUUUUGCGCGGAGCGCCACUUCUGAAUAGUGCUGCUUGAUAUCAGUAGCCAGGAGAAGAGAUCUGCAGAACCCAACGUGAUUCACAGUCUCCUGUAUUGCAAAUACCCGUCCUGUGUUUAUUUCCAGGUGUACAUCAUUUGGGAAGGUUCGCAUGCUGCCGAUUGUAUGUUACCGUUCAGUCUGGUAAAAUCAAUGGAUGUGAUAUUCCCUUCGUCCUGAAGACACUGGAUGUAUAUUUGUGGAUCUUCAGGAAACAGCAAAGGAUUACGUCUGCCCAGUCAUCGUUUUCGAGGAGUUUUGUGAAGCGGGAGUUGUUUUUUCUUUUUCUUUUACUGGCUCAGACUUUACUAGGAAAUGGCAACGCCAGCGCUUGGGAGAGGAACAGGAUUGGAAAAGGAGAGAGGAAACGAGAGCUAAAUGACAGGAUGCUGGCGACCUUAGACACAUAAAGACGAAUUUCUACAACAUUUAAGACACUUCUUGUUCUUUUAUUUCUUUGCUGAAGUCAAGCAAGAAGAAUCAAAUCCAACAAGGAUAACCUCGGCGUUUUGUUUUCUUUUCUGAUUUUAUUUUUUCUCACAAUACAAGGAUGCAUUUUGGAUUAGCGCUGAUCCUCUUUUCUGGAAUCUUCUUCAUUGCCAGGGCUUUAAAAAAUGAUAAGUGUGGGGAUAACAUCAGAAUUACAAGCGCUAAUUACCUGACUUCACCUGGCUAUCCAACGUCGUAUUCGCCAUCUCAGAAGUGCGUGUGGGUGAUAACAGCUCCAGCACCGUACCAGAGAAUUUUAAUCAACUUUAACCCGCACUUUGAUCUGGAGGACCGAGAGUGCAAGUAUGACUACGUGGAGGUCAGAGAUGGCGUGGACGAGAACGGCCAGCUGGUGGGGAAGUACUGCGGAAAGAUCGCCCCCUCCCCCGUCGUUUCCUCCGGCAACCAGCUCUACAUCAAGUUCGUGUCCGACUACGAGACGCACGGAGCGGGCUUCUCCAUUCGCUAUGAGAUCUUCAAAACAGGGCCGGAGUGUUCGAGGAACUUCACCUCCAACAGCGGUGUGAUAAAGUCUCCAGGAUUCCCCGAGAAGUACCCCAACAACCUGGACUGCACCUUCAUGAUCUUUGCCCCCAAGAUGUCUGAGAUCGUCCUGGAGUUUGAGAGCUUUGAGCUGGAGCCCGACACCACGCCGCCCAACGGGAUCUUCUGCCGCUACGACCGGCUGGAGAUCUGGGAUGGCUUCCCUGGAGUGGGGCCCUACAUCGGCCGCUACUGUGGCCAGAACACCCCGGGCCGAAUCCUGUCCUACACGGGGAUCCUGGCUCUGACAAUCAACACCGAUAGCGCCAUCGCCAAGGAGGGCUUCUCUGCCAAUUUCACCGUCAUACAGAGGACCGUACCGGAAGACUUCGACUGCAAGGAGCCGCUGGGGAUGGAGUCUGGCGAGAUCGCCUCAGACCAGAUUGCGUCCUCGUCCCAGUAUAACCCAAACUGGUCCCCCGAGCGCUCGCGGCUCAACUACUACGAAAACGGCUGGACCCCGGCAUACGACACCAACAAGGAGUGGAUACAGGUGGACCUAGGUUUUCUGCGGUUCGUCUCGGCCAUCGGAACACAGGGAGCGAUCUCCCAGGAAACCAAGCUGUCCUAUUACAUCACGUCCUACAAGGUUGACGUGAGCUCCAACGGCGAGGACUGGAUCACGCUGAAGGAGGGAUCCAAGCAGAAAAUUUUCCAGGGGAACUCCAACCCCACCGACGUGCAGGUGGCGGAUCUCCCCAAGCGCACGCUCGCCCGCUUCGUCCGCAUCCGCCCCGUUUCCUGGGAGUCCGGCAUCGCCCUGCGCUUCGAGGUGUACGGCUGCAAGGUGUCCGAGUACCCCUGCUCAGGCAUGCUGGGAAUGGUCUCGGGCCUGAUCUCCGACUCCCAGAUCACGGCCUCGUCCCACACGGACCGGAGCUGGGUCCCGGAGAACGCCCGCCUGCUGACCAGCCGCUCCGGCUGGACCCUGCUCCCCCAGCCCCAGCCCUUCACCAACGAGUGGCUGCAGGUGGACCUGGGGGAGGAGAAGCUGGUGAGGGGCCUGAUCAUCCAGGGAGGGAAGCACCGCGAGAACAAGGUCUUCAUGAAGAAGUUCAGGGUGGGCUACAGCAACAACGGCUCCCACUGGACCAUGGUCCAGGACGCCAUCGGCAACAAGCCCAAGGUUUUUGAGGGGAACCAGAACUACGACACGCCGGAGCUGCGGACGGUGGAGCCCCUGCUGACACGCUUCCUGCGGGUGUACCCAGAGAGGGCCACCACCGCCGGCAUGGGCCUGCGCCUGGAGCUCCUGGGCUGCCAGAUCGAAGCGCCCACGGACCCGCCCACCACGCCCGCCGUCUCCACCAUGGUCCCGGACGAGUGCGACGACGAGCAGGCCAGCUGCCACAGCGGCACAGGUGAUGACUACGACGCCACAGGAGGAACCACUGUAGCAGAGACCACAGUGGAGGUGGACACUAUCCCAGCAUACCUGUGGUUCGCCUGUGACUUCGGCUGGGCUGGAGACCCCUCCUUCUGUGGCUGGACCUCAGAGAAGGACAGCAACUUCAAAUGGCAGAUCCAGUCCAGCGGGACCCCAACACUCAACACAGGGCCCAAUAUGGACCACACAGGUGGAUCGGGGAACUUCAUCUACACGCUGGCCACCGGCGCCCAGGAGAACGCGGUGGCCCGCCUGUUGAGCCCGCAGGUCACCGCCACGGACGCCGACCUCUGCGUGUCCUUCUGGUACCACAUGUUCGGCGCCCGCAUCGGCACCCUGCACAUCAAGCAGCGCAAGGAGACCGCCGACGGCAUGGCCGACAUCCUGCUGUGGACUGUCAGCGGUCACCAGGGCAACCGCUGGAGGGAGGGGCGGGUGCGGGUGCCCCCCUCCAGCAAGCCCUAUCAGGUGGUGAUUGAAGGGGUGGUGGAGAGAAAGAGCUGGGGGGACAUCGCCGUGGACGACAUAAAGAUCCUGGAUGGCCUCAACAUGGCCGACUGCAAAGAUCCUGAUAUUCCAACAGAGCCAGUGGAACCGGAGGAUGACUUCAAUGAAAUCAUAGUGGGAAUCACGGAUUUCCCCGACGUUGUGAAAAACAACGAGAUCGGAGGAGCGGGGAACAUGCUGAAGACCCUGGACCCCAUCCUCAUCACCAUCAUCGCCAUGAGCGCCCUGGGGGUGUUCCUGGGGGCCAUCUGCGGGGUCGUCCUCUACUGUGCCUGCUCUCACAGCAGCAUGUCUGACAGGAACUUAUCGGCGCUGGAGAACUAUAACUUCGAACUGGUGGACGGAGUCAAGCUAAAGAAAGAUAAUAAACUCACCACACAGAAUUCGUAUUCAGAAGCAUGAGUGCAGGGCUGGACAAGACCUCAUGGGCUGGCAGCAAGGGCGAACAGGACUGGCACUAGCCUUUUCAAGAAAGUAAGAAAGAAAAAGCAGAGAUUCGGUGGGAGAGGUGGUGACUGAGCCGUGAUUUUCUCAGGAGCUGCAGUGAAAGACACCUACCAGUAGGGGGACACUGUGUAUAAAACUGAAGAGAAAAAUAUGUACAGUUAGAUGAUUAUUUUAAUUUUUUCAUUUUAUGUUGUUAUUGUUUGUUUUUACUUGUUUUUUAUCAAUCCUUAUCAAUCAGAUGCUGGUGUUGAGACCAAUUAAGAUAAUGUCUAAAAUAUUUAUCAUUUCUCUGGAAGGAAAAUCAUUUAUUUUUUUUAUUUCAAAGCCAUUAUUUUUGUGUAGAAGGAGAAGUGUCAAAACCCAAAAUUAACCAUACUGACAAAUAUGUAGUAUUGCCCCCUUCAACCCCCGCCCCAAUCCAACUCCCUAUGGGACAUUCUAUGUGUAACACCCCUCCACCCCCCACCCCUUGAGGGUCCUGUGACUUUUCCCCCACCCUCGAUCCUGGUAUGGUUUCCGACAGUGCCUUUAGGACAUGUUUGUUGGCUUUGUUUGUUGAUUUUGGAUUUUCUCAUUUCGCUAGUUCUGGAACAGUAGCAAAGGACAUCAGCUGGUUGAGUCUGCAAAUCAGAAAUCCAUUUCACUGCUCUUUGUCCCACAUAUUGUACAUAACUUUUAAUAUAUUUUAAUGCCCUUUUUAAAAAAAAAACAAACAGAAAAAGAAACUAAUGAGCAACAGGCUGCAGUAUCUCUUUUUGUGGGUUGUGUGCUGUAAAUACAAUCGUCUGGCUGUUAUUUCUGUGAAAGAUGACUAAGUGUGUUGGUGUCCAUUCUCUCGCUUGAUGGCGGGGCGUGUACCAUGAAGCUGUUCCAUGGUCCCAUGGUGGGCGUGGCCUUCUGACUGACGAAUCAGUGCCCUCCUUGACCAUGGCAAUGCUAUGGUUUCUACGGUUGGAGUGGGCGUGGCUAGUACACAGCAACAGAAGCUAUUACAGUGUGGACAUGGGGGUUCAGCAGCAUUUGCCUUUAACUUAAUGAUCUAUGUACGGUGCAGGAGUAUUUCAAUCAAUGCCUGUGAGCUCCAACCUCAUCCAUGUGAACCAUUGUAUACGUUUAAUUAUGCCACUGUACUGAGUAAGCUUGUGUUGCUCGAAAAGGUACCGAGUGUGGUGCUUCUGCAUUAGUUUGUACUGUAUGUGUUCCUGUGGCACUGUUAGGUUAUCUUUGGGACUGAAAACUCACAUGAACCUCUCCCUCUCUACUAGCCUCAUGCUUCAUUGUGUCAUAGCUUCCUAUCUCCCCAGUCGAGGUGUGUUAACGUGACGAUGAACUGAUGUGUUGGUCCACUGCGCUGAGCCGCUAUCAGAUGUGUCUGCCAGCUUACCCGUGAAAAGCAUCACAGCGCUGCUUUAGUUGUGGUGCAGACCAUAUGCGAGCACCAUUCCUGGCAUCUCUGUCCUGUCCAGAGUGCUCUGAGAAGCACUUCCUUUAAAAUGGGUGUAGUCUCAAUGCGCACACUCAUCAGUCCUUCACUGUCUAACUUCAUUUCAAAUUGUGUGGAGUGUGGAGGGCCAAUCAAAGAGGGAAGAACUCCUAUUUUCAGUGGCACCAGUUGUCUUCAGUGCUGAGCCCUUAAAUAACAUGGGUAAGAAACUCUAGGGUGCUCGAUAUAAAGGGUCUAGUGCUGUGUGCAAUGUUCGGUCUCGCUUGAGCCCGCCGGUGGGCCCUGAAAAGAUGUACAGAAGCGGUGCUUUUUUUUUAGCCUGACGCUGGCUAGCGCAUCUUGAGGACCCUGCUCAGGGUCUUUAACCAAAGGUCCUGUUUCCUCUCAUCAUGAAGCUCAUUCACUGCAACAUUGUGGCUGGAUCACACAGGAGCUGAGCCUGCACUGUUCAAGACAAGACACGCAAGAGUGGCGCAUGUCAAUCACUGCUGUGGAGCCCCCCGACAGGAGGAGCUGGCCGAUAAUCAGGGACAGUGCUUAAGGACACCUUUAUGGGCUUCGCCCUUCUGUUUAUUCCCGCAGAAGAAAAACUCUACGGUGGACUAAAUGAGUCUGAGCCACUCAAAAGCCCCUGGAAACCCUCCAGCUGAAAAAUCCUAGCCACAGGCAAGUCGACGGAAUAAUCGUUGCGAGGAAAAGGGCAAGCCAAGGCCAUAACGUGUCUGAGACACAACGGGCCGACGCUGAUGAAGGCACAGAAUCAGAGGUGUGAUGUCAUUCAUGCCCAGAAAUGAGAUUCCGGUGAAUUUCCGUUGUUAUGUUGUGUGUUGCUGUUAAUACAUUUUCCGUUUGUGUUUUUGUUUGUGUUUUGUUUUUUGUUCCUGGUGUAAUUCUCUCAACAAUACUCACUGCUGAACGAAAUAUGAAUCUGAAUAUGCCUACAAAGAAGGCCCAUGUUGCUGAUUCAGUCUGAUAACUAGAGGAAAAGGAUACUGUAGCGUGAAAAGAAAAAAAUGUUGCACUGAUAAAUAUAUUUAAAAAGGUUUAUGUGUUUAUAAUAUUAAUUUGUAAAAAAAAAUUAUUAUUAUUAUUAAAAAAUACAGUGUUACAUUUUUUUUCUUUUUAUGGUUUCAGAUUAUGUGAUAUAACUCUGAAAUGUACAAUUAAUGAGAUGUUUUCAUUAUUGAAAAAGGUAAGCAAAUUUCCUAUAGUAAUGUUUCCAUUUAACUGGUAUAUUAUUGCUUCGUUUUUGUACUGUCAUAAAGAUUUUGUGCAGAUUUUUUUUACAAAAAAGUUUUUAUUUUCAAUACUGCUUCUGUAAUUUGCUGUUGUUAGGGAAAAAAACACAAAUAAACAGCAAGGCCUUAAAAAUUUAAAAAAUGUUUGUACUUUGACACCCAAGAUCUGUCUCAACAAUUCAUCUGUUUCUGUUCUAAACAUGACUGAUCUAUGACUACUACAUUCCAAAGAUUCAGCUCAAAUAAAUGUUUUGUUAAGAUAAGACA